CACCAGGUAUUCUCUAUCAUCAUCGAACCAUUGGCUCCAGGGAAGUUGGCUCCCAGCAUUUAAGCUUCUUUCCAGUUCCCUCAGAAGCGGGAAAGACGUCACAGGCGUGUUGAGUGCGCUCCAGUCAUUGAGGCUGCAAAAGACGAUGGCAACAAAGGCUAUUCUGAAGCCUGCGCUGUCCGAACAUAAUCAACUUCCUGAUAAAUAUGCAUUCCGUUUGGUUUACAAGAAGAAAAGUCGCAGGAGCAAGAGCUAGUACAAGUUAGCGGAAUGUGUUUUCGUCAACGUCCUGUUUAGGUUCAGGGUAGCCAUCUUGGAAAUGCAAACUGGGGGUGGGUACUCGGGUACCGACUGGGAAAUCCAACAUCGAUUGAUGUCAUCGGGGCGGAGCUGGGAAUAUUCCACUUCCCAGGACAACUGGAAGAUUAGAUGAUAUAAAAUAUCAAAAUGGCGGCAGUGGGUCUUCACUUGUCAGGUCCUGGGGAAAUGGAAAGAAACCUCUCUCACACUACGUGAUGAGGACAAAGCUUCAUGAAGCAUUGUCCUUGUCACAGUCCUCUAGAUGGCAGUCUUGCUUCCCUAGUUGAAGGAAAACUAAAACCGAGAGCGCCACCUACUGAGCCCUGAUGCUGCUUCGUUCUCUAACAGUCCAUCGCUUCUCAUUUGCUAUCACGAUUCAACUUGCUUACUCUCCACACGGGGGCAGUAUAAGUCAGUCAGUGAUGCUGACGCUGGUCACGUCAUCACCAAGGUGACACCAAUGGUAGGACUCAUCAGCGCCUCUCGUGGUGCACGUUGACGUUCUCGCAGGGUGAUUCUUCAGUGGCAGUAGAACUGGCCUCUGACCUGGCUGUAUUGAUGCAGAUCUGCUUAUUGCAUUAAGCAUUAGCACUUAAGGAGGAGCAGCGCGGCCUGGUCCUGCAGAGGGCGUCUCUGGAGUAACUGCUGUGAGCGGUGGGGACAGCGGGGCACACCACGAGGACCAGCUCACUCCCGGGUGCACAGGGAAGCAGCAUGCUGAUGUGAGGCGGAGGAACCCCACCUGCUGUUCUAUGCAACUGCAGACUGUACAUCGCUUCCAGCUUCUCCCAAGCCUCCCAGCAGCUUCAUCUGCUUCUGCAGGGGAACUUUGUGUUUGAUUCUUUCUUUCCUGUGGAAGACCAACUUCUAAAGAGGCUGAUGCAUUACUGCAUGCAUAGAUAUUACAAUUUAUAAAAAGAACAGUAAGAUAGAACCUGAGUGUGUAAGGCAAAACUACCACCUUUCUUUUUCUAAAUAAAGGCGUCUUGUUAAGCUGCCUCCAGUGUCCCGUCAUCUGCCCGGAUGGCACGGCAUCCAGGAGCUCUGCUUUGUGAUGGUGGGCAGAUGAGGUACGCUAUGUUACCAAAGGUAUUUGCUCACCUGCCAUGACUCACGUGUGAACUGAAGUGCCAUCCCAUUCAACUCUUCUGUGAAGGCUGUGCACCAGGUUGAGGAGUGUGUUCAUGGGAAUGUUUGACCAUUCUUCCAAAAGUGCAUUGGUGUGGUCACAUACUAAUGUAAAGAUGGUGAAUCAAGUUCAGGUCAGGACUCUGUUGGGAGCAUGGAAUUGUCCAAAAUGUUUUGGUAUCCAGAAGCAUUCAAAGCUCCUUUCACUGGAACUAAGGGGCCAAGCCCAGCUCCUGAAAAACAAGCCCACACCAUAAUUCCUGCUCCACCAAAUUUCACACAAUGCAGUCCAAAAGGCACCUUUUGUCCUGGCAACCUCCAAACCCAGACUCAUCCAUCAGAUUGUCCGAUGGAAAAGUGUGAUUCACCACUCCAGAGAAGGCGUCUCCACUGCUCUAUAGUCCAGUGGUGGCCUGCUUUACACCACUGCAUCUGGUGCUUUGCAUUGCACUUGGUGAGGUACGGCUUGGAUGCAGCUCCUCAGCCAUGGAAUGUGGUUAGGGCACCGGAUUCUCAUCAUUUGGAUUUGGAAAUAUAGUGCAUCAUGAAAGAGUGUUGCCGGGUUGAUGAAACAGUGUCCUGAUUGUCAGAGGCCACUAGAUGGUGCUGUCUGCUGUAAAAUGUUUAGAUUAGAACAACUAAUUCAGAUCAUUUAAAAACCAAGAGCGCCAUCUAGUGGCCUCUGAAAAUCAGCCUACCGCUUCAUCAACACUGUUUCAUGGCAUCUCAUUUCCCCUCCAGUAGCCGUCCUCUCCCUUGGCUGUGUUUGCUGACUCAGCAGACGAGUCCCACAGACAUAGAAGAGUAAAAUAGUUUAUUUUGUGAGUACAGAUGAUCAGAAGGCACAGAUAGUCUCAGUGGGGCGAUGUUACAAAGGUUUGUCUGCAGGCACAAGUCUGCACAGCCACUCCGCAAAAACAGGUCCCUGAGUCAUCAGAGUUCUUUGACCUACUGAAGCAAACAAGGCAUAAAACUAUCGCGUAGGUUUGUAAGAAAGCGUUGCAGGAUCAAAAAUACUGUGAAAACAGCUCCAGGGGGAAAAAAAACGCUGCCAAAAAUAUUCAGUUUAAAAACAUUAAUUCCACUAAGAAUGCCCGAAGACAGACUACAAGCUGGUCCGUAAAGCUGGGGAGGGUUCACCGGGAGAACCAGAGAUUUUAGCUCAGACGUGAGGUCAGCAGCGGCCAUCCAGGGGAACGCCGUGAUGUUGGCAACAAAUGCAGCUCAAAUAUUAGUCCUCGCACCCCAAAACAAGGUUUGAACGUUUAGUCUUUCCUGGACAGAUUUAGGCGAUUGGAUGAGUUGAUUUGUGAGAGUCUAAAACAGGUAGUCGGGGAACACGGGUCCCUGCGCACGACGCUCCGUCCGUUCUCCCAGGUACGGAGCCUCCUCCUCCAGGCCGGGGAGCCGGAGACCUGGGUCCUCGCAGGGUGGUGGGGGGCCGUCCGGGUCGGGCUUCAGGCUCAGCCUCAGGUUCUCCGGGAAAGCCAAGGAGAAGAGCGCCUCCGGGCUGCACACAAACUUGUAGACAUACCUCUCCCCUGCCACCUGGCAGCAAAGUAGCCAAUCAGAAGAGUGGACCCACGCUCAGCACACUGGAGCCCCACGGCACAAACCUUCUGCAUGAUGCCCUUCUCGUAGUAGUACCUCAGUGAACGGCUCAGCUUGUCGUAGUUCAUGGCCGGCCUGUUCUUCUGCACCCCCCACAGACGAGCCACCUGGCCGCGGGCACGCCAGCGAGUCAACACACUUCAGCGGUCCUCUUUAGACGGGACCGGCCCGUGACUCACCUCCUCGGGGUCCAUCAGCUUGAACUCCAUGUUGCGCCCGGUCCAGAUGAUGUGGUGACUGUGGGCAGGGUUGUCCAGCAGGGUGAGCAGGAACUGCCAGAGCUGGAGCGAGCCGCGGCGCUGGUACGGUAAACCCUCCGCUUUGACUUUCGCUGCGGACACACAGUCAUGAAGCCACGGUCUUGACCAGGACCUGGGGCUGCGGUCUUACCCUCCAGUCUCCCCGGGACAACACAGCUGUCAUCGUAGAACAUGUGAGGCUCCCUGUCUGGACCAAACCCUGGAGGUGAGAAGCCACACAACUCAGAACCAUCAACUUGCUCCGGGUUGCAGGAGUGAUGCUCAAACUGACCCGUGUGACUCUGGAACUGGACCCUGCCGUACAACGUUUGACAGGUCUGUGCUUCUGGAAGACAAAAAGGUUGAGUUUCCUUGGCAACAGAACCAGACAGGUCUGGUCCGGAGACACACCUGGGUCAAAGCCAAAAUCCCUGGGCUCUUGUUUUAUGGUGACGUGAUUGAAAUGGGUCUGACUCUGAGCAGCUUCUGAGUAGUGAUGCUCCAUAUGAUCCUGUUUAAAUCCUGGUUGCCCGGGAGCGACCAGAGGCUCAGACAGGUGGCGCUGAUAGAGUGGGCGGCGCUCGGCGCUGGAGUGGGGGUACAUCGGCUGCGGGGUGUUCUCGGUCGACACAAUGGACAGGCUGGGCUCGGACAUCUGCCGCUGGAACCUGAGUAUGAGCCAAAGGAUCAGCAGAGGGCAGGGGGUCAGGCAAGGGUCAGGACCACUCACUUCGGCUCCGACUGGAAGGACUUGACUGGAUGGUUCAAGUCCAAAUGCGGGCGGCCAAAGUGGGAGGGAGCAGGGAGGUGGGCCGGGCUGUCGCUGUGUAGCACCGGGGGAAACGGGUGAGUGGCAGGACGGCUGGCACCAGAAGGCCCAGUGGGCUUGCUCUUUGCAUUGCUGAGGAGGGAGGUCAGAGGUCAGCGACCAGAUAGGAGACGAGUUCAUAUCAUCACGCACCUGCAGCUGUAGAGACACUGGUCAGUUGGAGGACUCCGGCAGCCAUGUUUGGGGGAGCAGGGCUCACACUUGACUCUCAGCACUGCGGCACACGCACAACACAGUCAACUCCGGUGGUGGUAUUUAAUAAGGUGAUAUUUAACAAAAUCGCUCAAAAAGACCUGAACACAUUCAAAUGAAAUUCUCAGCAAAGCCUGAUAAGAGGACGAGGAGCUGAAGAUUCAAAUUUGGUGGUGAUCUGAAGUUCUGUAGGAAGGUUCUAAAGAAGGUUCACUAGGAUGGCUUCCUCAUGCCACAGCCUCCAGUCUCACCGCCAGAACAAAAUAGAUCAGAGAGCAGGGAAACGUUUGGCAAGGCUCAGGAGGUCUGCUUGAGCGAGGCCGAGGUGACAUGCUGGACGUGCACUCACAGUCGCUGCACUGGAAGUCCGGGACAAACUGCUCAUCGUCGGGAACUGGAGCUGCGGAGGGAAGCGGAGCGUGAGCGCAGUUGGUGCGCACCAAACCGAGAAGACCUCACUCACCUUCCGCAAACCAGAUUUCCUGGAGUUGACUCAGGUCAUGGAACAGGUCUGAAAAGCAGCAUGAAGAAAACCCUUCUACAUGAAGCAGACAAGACGAGACGGAGUCCCCCCUCCGCUCCCUCCCUCACCCUCGGUGUCCUGAGCCAGGUCUUCAUGCAGAUACUUCUUGAUCCUGCCAGUCGCACACACCUCAGCCUCCUCCCUGCCACACUGAAAACCCCAGAAUUCACUUCAAUGCUUCCUAAUAACUGACGGUGCAGCACUGAAGGGAGGAUGAGUUUCAUGACACAGUGUCCUGAUUUUCAGAGGCCACCAGAUGGCACUGUCUGCUGUAAAAUCUUUGGACUUGAACAGCUCAUUUGAAGCAACCGCGUCAUUUUUAAACCGAGAGCGCCAUCUAGACCUCUGAAAAUCAGGACAUCACUAGUGGAAAGGCUUGUGCUUGAGAAGGAAUUAUCAUCACUCACGUUGUCGAGCAGAUACGGAACCUGCUGGUCAUAGAAGCCGUCCAUGAUGGAGAACACUUCACUGGUGAAAGAUGACAAGAGAAAUCAGACGCGCAUUCAUCACAGCAGACGUAUGUUCAAGUGCAGUUUAGACCAAUGGGAGGUGUUGGACACCUGAACUAUCUGCCGGACUGGUUUUAAAUUGGGGCUACAUGCCAGGCUCUCCUCCUCCAUCACUGCCUGGUUCUCUGCUGCAAGCACCAUGGCGACAUGCCUGUCCUUUACAGGAAGGAUGCUGGAGGAGAGGACCGGUUUAAACAGUGUCCCUCAGACACUGUGAUCCAAGUGAUCCGUAACGCUGCAUGAGACAAUGAAACCUCGCUGUCUGCAGUAUUGUUCUAUUAUUAUUGACCUUUAGUGUAUAUCGUUUCAUGUUUUUUAGGGAUGGGAUGAGAUUCCUUUUGAUGAAAAUGACAAAAAAAACAGCCAACGAUGAUGUAGCUGUGAAAAGGUAAAAUUGUCUGUAACAGGCAGAAACCUCCACAGGACCAGACUCUUUUUCUGUUCAGGCCCAGAGUUAUUCAUUCCACAGCUGGACAUGGAUGGAAAUUGCAAGUUAAAGAUCCGCAUCCCUUUGUUUUGCUUCCCGCUGACCUCUCACUCCGUUUCAGCUGCGAUGACUGUCAAAGGUCUCCAUCGUGCCAUAAAUAAAGUCCAUCUCAUCUUCUGCUCACAUCCAGAUCUCUUGUUCACGCGCGUGGAAUCACGUGACUGAUCUUUAAACAUGCUGGGAACCGGGUGUUGACGCAAACGUGAGUAACUUUGAAGUUCGGUGUGGCGCGCAGGCGCAGUAGCUUAUUGUUGUCCCACAUUUGAAGUGAAACUUGAUCUCCACAGCAACAGUGGGAGGAAGGGGCAGCGCGGGGGAUGGAGGGGGUGGGGGGGCUGUCGACAUUUCAAAUCUCAAGAGAAGUAGUCCAUCCCAGCAGCGUAGUCCCAGUUUAGUGUGUCUCUGCUCAGGAGAAGAGCAAAGGGAAAUGGACGCAACGCUUGACAGCCAGAAAAUGGCGUACGGCUCCCGCGGCGCGCUCCCUCACCAACAGCCGCGGCGAUGCAGCGCAACAAUGGCAAACGUCAAGCGGCGCACUGAGAGCAGCCAUGCAGCACUCACCUGCGGGGUGAAGUGUUCCGAGGGUUUGAGGCGCAGUCCGAGGGCGGCCUACAUCCCCUCCAGGUCCCGUGGAUUUUUCUCAAUGGGGACUGGGAGCCUUAAGCUCCGCAGCCAGGGAAAGUGCUCUGCUCCACUCCUAUUGGGCGAAGCACACGCCAGUCAAAAACCACCAAUCCGCGGCAAGAGCGCUGUGACGCCCGCCCCUCUGUGUUUUUUAUGAAUGGUUACGUUUCAUUCAUGAAACACGACGGCGUUCUUAAAGGGCCAGUGCCGCUUACGUAAACGAUGCCGUUCUGAAUAACGAGAGGAGAUGUAUGAAAAAUGCACCUGUGUUGCAACUGUAAUUGUUACAUACAUUACUGUUAUGAUUAUUUAUCUCAGUCAUUUUUGAUAAUCUGAGCAAAGUAUGGAUACAUCUGAAGAAGGUAGCACAAACAACACAUAUAUAACACAUAUAUUAUUAUGAUUUACGUUGUAAUUUAUGGGUGAAAUGCAGAGAGACAAUAAUCACCAAACGUCAGAUCAAAUUCAUUGGGUCUGGAAACAGAAAUAGGACCGGUUUUAUAGAAAAGCAGGCUAAAAUGAGAGCGGAAAAAAAACAACUUGGAGUAUUGGAGAGAGGUUUCAUGGCUCAGACUUAAACCUCUCUACCUACCUAUCCUACCUAUCACAGAACUGGACCGUGCUUUAACUUGAAUAAAAAAAAAAAAAAAACCUGCAGGAUUCUGGUUCAUCAUCAUCAGUCAUAUUAUAUAGAUAGAUAUGUCACCCAGGGAUAUUAACAAGCCAUUUAGAUAAAGCAGAUACUUUCUGGGUAAUUCAUAUUUUAUCGCUAAUUAUUUCUGUUCUUUCUUCUCAUGCGGUUAUCAGUUUUCUUUCUUUGUUCCUGUUAAUUAUUGUUCUGUUUUCCACAGUAAAAUUUUGUUGGAAUUAUUGCCAUACUUUGAAAUCCCACCACAACACAUUUAGGUCCAUCAUGGAGCAGCCGUACAUGUCGGACUGAUCCUGGACAAACGCUGCAUCGUUGAGAACAUGGGGGAAAGGACCUAAGUGAACAAAAAAAUAUCAGUCAAUAGGGAGAUGAAGGUUGUUUUAUGAACCUGUGAAUUUGAAAGACACAUUCUAAUGCAGUGAGAGCACUGACUUUUGACUGGCAGCGAAAGUUACUCUAGGUUUUGUGUGAUAUGUAGUAGCAAACUACAGUGCUGGUGGCAGGCUCUCACUUAGGGUCGGUCGAGUGAGAGCCUGCACGCGGGACAAGCGCUACAGGGUGACUGUGAGUCAGCUAAUGUUUGCUGGCGUCUGGCUUUCGUACCUUGAGCAUCUGCCUUAUCAGCGAAGCAGUCAGAUUCCGCUGUGACGUCACACAUGCCACGUGGGAUUUGUAGUCCAAAUAAUGACGUGUGUUCACAAAGAAAGAAAUCAUAAAUUACACGCCAAACAUAGAUGAAACUCACGUCAUUGUUGAUCAUUUAAACUGAGGUACGGCGUAUAUGUGAUCCAGGGCAUGAGGCAAAGUUGGCCAGAAAAACUGAUGUCCCCAACAGUCUCUUUAUUCCCCACUCUUUAUUCACCCUUUCUCAGCUCCCAUGGGUGUCUGUGUAAAACACCAAUAGUGAUGCCAUCUAUGUUCCGCCUCCCAGUGUCUUAACGCUAUUAAACAAGCUAAAUUAAAAAUUAAAUUAGUAAAGUAAAGUUUUUCAAGUUUGCUUCUUUUGAUUGAUCACGUUAAUUCAAACCAAUCGUAUGAAGUAUCUCAACCAUUCAGAAAAGAUAUGAGUAAAAAUAAAAACAAGGUGGAAAAUACCUCUGCCCCUCGCAAAAGAAAAAAUUUUUAAAAAGGUGUAUGAGUUGUAGAAAAAAACACUCAAAUGAUUCAUUUUAUUCAUGAAAUAGCGGCCAUAUUUUCAGAGGCCACCAACUGCUGUUGGUAAAUCUUGAUCCAAAUCUGCUACUAGUAAUUGUUUCCUUGGUAAAAAAAAAAAAGUGUGACCUCUGUCUGGCACAUACAAUAAAAAUGCAGUUGAAUUCAUUACAUCCAUUUACAGCUGUGUUUAGUCACAGCAUUGGGUGGCAUCACAGAUGCACUUGGAAGCAGGCAGGUCAAGAGGACCGAUGGACUUGGAAGCACUUGGACAUGUCACAUGUGAAAAUGGAAAAACAACCGUCUGACUGACUCCAAACUCACAGGUUUCUAACAGCAUGGCAGCAGCAAGCAUCAGGUAUCACAGGUGAAACAUCUGGAGCCGUCUGUGAUCCAGCAGUCGCCACUCAGAGGACACCAGGACUCCACUCUCCCUGAGGUCACACUCAUGACCAAACUCCAUGGAAGGAAAAAGAAGAACAUGUGAAGCCUCAUCCAAGUUGACGCUCAUCCGAGACGCCCGCCGCCCCUCUGCCUUUAUUACAGUGCUCACAGGGUCCAGGUGGUUCCACUCAGACGGGGAAGAAAAGGAGCAGUUCCAGAAAAAAUGUACAAAUAGUUUCUGCUCUGACUCGUCCUUUGACUCUGAAAAUGCAUUUAACACACCAUAAUGCACAUUGAGUGCUUUUGUAGCGCAAGAAUGCAGGCCGCGGCUGAGUCAGCACUUCUGGCACAAAAGCAGCUGGCAGCCGGUCCCAUAUAAAAGCAGCCCACAAGUGGCAUGGUGACCAAACACCACCACCAUGGCCAGGGUAACAGCACCCCCCUCCGUGUCUCCUUCCCAGAUGUACGGUGGUUUGACUCUCUUUUUCUCCCUCAGAUUAUUUUCUUCGAGGAGAGGAACUUCCAGGGUCGCUCCUAUGAGACCAGCAGCGACUGCUCGGACAUCAUGAUGCACCUGAACCGCGUCAACUCCUGCAGGGUGGAGAACGGCUGCUUUGUGGGCUUCGAUCGCACCAGCUUCAUGGGCAACCAGGUGUUCCUCAGGCGAGGGGAGAUCUCUGACCUUCAGCGCUUGAGCAGCAGCAUCGGGAUCCUGGGGGGCGUGAUGAUGGACACCAUCCGCUCCUGUCGCAUGAUCCCCAUGCACAGGGGACUAUUCCGGAUCAAGAUCCAUGAGAGGGAGAACCUGAGCGGCCAGAUGCAGGAGCUGAUGGAGGACUGCGAGUCCAUCCAGGACAGCCUGUACAUGCACGACUGCCAGUCCAUCGAGGUCUUGGAAGGCCACUGGCUGCUCUUCGAGCAGCCCAACUUCAGAGGUCGCAUGAUCCUGGUGAGACCCGGGGAGCGCCGAAACGUGAGGGAGAUUGCCAACAGCAACAUCAUGCGGAUCAGCUCCCUCAGACGCAUCACCGACGUCUGUUAA